CGCGUUGAAUACACAACAGUGAUCGAUGAGAAAUGGGGAUGGAAUUUUUGCCAGCUGAAAGUGUUUAGCAACAAAAACAAUCUCUGGCUUGGCGUUUAGGCGUGCCUUGACGGAAGAAUCUUGCCGCAGAAGGGCUGACAGGUAACAUUCCCCAGUAGAAAUGGCAGAGGUGCAUGUGAUAGGACAGAUUGUCGGGGCGAGCGGCUUCCCUGAGCACAGCCUUUUCUGCAAGUGGGGAGUACAUGCAGGAGGAGCCUGGAAGAUUCUGUCAGGAACCAGAGAAGGUCAGACUCAGGUGGACAACCCCCAGGAUGAAGAGCGUGCCAACUGGUCCCACCCCAUCGAUAUCCACUUCUCCACCAAAGGGCUACAGGGCUGGCCCAAGCUCCAUUUCCAGGUGUGGCACCAGGAUUCCUACGGCAGGAAUGAGCUGUACGGCUACGGCUUCUGUCACGUCCCCACCUCACCCGGCAUGCACAACCUGGAGUGUGUGACCUGGAGACCAGCCGGGUCACUCAGGGAGCAGAUAUCACAGUACUUCAUAGGUGGUGGUCCCCAGCUGAAGAAUCCAGACGUUGUUUACACAGGUGCAGACAGAUGCAAGCUGACCACAGUCACCAUGGGAAAAGUGCAGCUACAGUUGGGAAUUAUCCUCCGGAACUUUGACAAAUAUGGGAUAGAGUGUUAACACAGCUUCUUUUUUUUCCUUUAGUUCUGUACAAAGAUUGAUAUUCUAUUGAAAAUGAACAAGUUUGGUGGCAUACAUUCCUUAUUUGUUGUUGAUAUGUUGCAUGUUUGUAACUUUCGCUAGUAAUUGUUCCAUACAUUUCAUUUCUAUACCAUGUCUAAAUGCUUGUACAUUAGCAAGAAAUAUGGAGCAGAUCUAUUUUGUCAUUAAAGAAAAAAAAGACAACCAGUAUGUUGUACAAGAAUCUUAUUUUGGAUACUAGUACUCAACUGUUUAUUUGUAUUUGUCAAAAAGAUUUAGGGGGAAUUUACCCAGUACAAUACAACGAAUCUGU